AUGUCUACGACUAAAAGAACGAGAAGUAGUUGGCGUCAAUAUUUUCACAUUGACACUGGCAAUGCUAGAUGUCACCAUGGUCUUGCCUGCUCCUCGGGUGCCGGCCGCCAAUCCCGCCAUGCUGCUCUCAAUGACAUCCUGAGACGGGCGCUUGUCAGCGCCGACGUCCCCGUGGCCCUUGAGCCCCAGAUCGUGCGAGACGAUGGCAAGCGCCCCGACGGGAUGUCAUUGAUACCCUGGUGCAUGGGUCGCGCGUUGGUCUGGGACGCCACUUGCGCAGAUACGCUGGCGGCGUCCUACCUCCCUGCGACCAGUAAACAGGCUGGUGCGGCGGCGGACGCCCGAGAGCGCUUCAAGACCAAUAAAUACAGUUGUCUUGGCACCCAGUACGAGUUCGUACCGUUUGGUGUCGAGACACUUGGUCCUUGGGGCAAGGGCGCGCGGGAGCUCCACAAGGCGCUCAGCAAAAGCCUGUGGGAGGCAACAGGAGACCCUCGCGCGGGCAGCUUUCUUGCGCAGCGUAUUGCUAUUGCAAUACAGCGCGGGAAUGCUGCCUGCCAUCGUCCUAUCAAGUCGGAAAACAAUUCGCAAGCAGAAUCAAUUGCAGACUCGAUUUUAAAGCCAUCGACAUCAACACGUUCUGAAGACUCUGUGAAUAUAAUACCGACUACUUCCGCAUCUCAAAUUGAAGAUCCUGUAGGGUCUUCAACUCCUAAACGACAAAAAGUAACCAUAGAAGCAUCAUUCUCAAAAAUAUUAGAAUUUGGAUCAGGGGGUUCAAAAAACAAACAGAUUACAGACGCUAUAGCAGAACUGAUAUACCGCGAUAAUCUUCCCUUCAGCGUGGUCGAAGGAGAAGGGUUUGGAAAAUUGAUUAAAUUACUUGCACCAUUAUAUAAAAUCCCAUGUCGCAAAACGAUAACCAGCAUCAUUGAUGGAAAAUACGAGGAAAAAAAAGCUAUUAUAAUCAAAAAGUUACAAUCCGUUACCAAUAUAUGUUUAACGAUUGACGAAUGGAAGGAUUUACAAAUGAAGAGCUAUCUGGGAGUAACUAUUCAUUUUAUCAAAAAUUUUAAGAUUUUUUCUUUCAAUAUAGCUUGUGAGCCGCUUUCGGAGAGUCAUACUAUGCCGAAUAUUUAUCAACCACCAUUAAAAAUAUUUGUGAAAAAUGGGAAAUUCCUGAUGAAAAAAUUGUGGCCGUCACUACAGACAAUGGUGCAAAUAUAGUAAAAGCCAUUGAAUUAGCAUUUGGAAGAGCAAAGCAUAUUCGUUGC